UUUUAGCCCCAAAUUAUCACAGCAGACGCAAUGGACUUUCAUAGAGCACUAUCGGCGCUUUUCACAAAUCAAGCAGCCGUUCAACCACUGCUCGGCUCACUUGGUUUCCCAUUCAACGACGGAACUUCUAUUCUGACGACUGCACUUGCUGCACAGUCCGGCGGAAAGAAGUUGGACACUCCGUUGGGGAUUUUACCAUUUGACUCACUGCCCACGACAAAUCUUUUAACACCAACCAAGAAGAUCAAACUAGAAGAUGAAUUGUGUGCCAGUCCAGUGUCAAGCAGGUCGAGUACGGUUAGCAGUUCACACUUUUCAAGUCCCCAACGGUCACCAUCACGAAAGAUGUCGGUUCCGAUUCCAGAAGAAAAAAAGGACUCUGCAUACUUCGAGCGUCGGCGCAAAAACAACGAUGCAGCGAAACGUUCGAGAGACGCACGUCGUCAAAAAGAAGAACAAAUCGCAUCAAAAGCUCAUGCUUUAGAACGGGAAAACAUGCAACUACGUGGAAAGGUCUCAAGCUUAGAGCAAGAGGCCGCGCAGCUCAGAUUUCUCCUCUUCUCCAAAAUCUCACCAGCAAAUUCUGAAGUGUCCUGCGAGUCAAACGAUUCAACGGAAACUAAUGAUUCUAAUGAUUCUAAAAGCGAUUCAACCAUUGAAGUAUGAAAUUGUUUGUAUUUCAUAUACCGGACGCUUAAAAAAAGAUUAGUGUUGUUUACGCACUUUUGUUGUAAAUUUACAGUCGUUACUUCAAAGCUUCUAUUUAUUUGAAUGUUUCUCUAGGUUCUUGAAAUUGCUUUAUUUUUCUUUCCUUAGCUUUAAAUCGGUUCUCUAUACCACCCAUUCAUCUUGAUCUAUCUCUUAAGCUUUCAUUCUCCCUACCUCAAUCCCCUAUCAGGUUAUUCAUCUGCGGGUGCGUGUAUAUUUCCUGAUAGUUUUUCAACUUAUCAUUGAUGAUUUUUCUACAAAUUCUUAUUUUGACAAUAAAUAUUGUGUAUGCAUUUUA